AUGUAUAACGCAAAAAUGAACCCACAAUGUUCAAAAUGUAAAGCAGCAAUAAGGAAAUAUAACUAUUCUGUCAAAGAGAUAGAACGUAUGAGAAACGACUAUGCUGACUUAAAGAAAGAAGUAGAGAAACCAGCAGAAGAUAAAAUGGACAUGUUAGCAUUUCUGAACAAAAACUAUCCAACUGCUGACGAUUUCCUAUUAUCUGAUGUCAAGAAGAAGUAUAAAGAAACCUUCGGCAUAGUUAAAAUUUUUGAUAUUCUUCGUGAAGAAAUAGAAGCUACAAAACUGUUUAAAGUCAUGAACCAUCGCAACAUAUACCAUGUAAAACGCUUGUAA